AUGGCUACGCGCGUUAAUUUAACUCCGGCGCAGCGACCACCAGGAGCUGGGGAUAAAACUGCUUCCAAAGGUGCUACCCAUUAUGCAUUGAAGCAGGUUGUAGGGAAGGGUGCUUACGGUAUUGUGUAUCGAGCGAUCAACAGGCAUACCAGCAAGGAAGUGGCAAUCAAAGUUAUAGAGUACGAUCAGGACGAAGAAUUGAAUGAACACAUGCUGGAGAUUGAUCUUCUCAAGAAUUUGCGCCACAAAAACAUCGUUAAGUAUCAUGGUUUUAUCCAGAAAUCGCAUCAGCUAUUCAUUUUGCUAGAGUAUUGUGCGCACGGGUCGCUGCGUGACCUCGUCAAGCGCACGCCACUGGACGAGUCGCAGGCGAAACCCUAUAUUCGACAGACGCUGGAGGGACUGAAAUAUCUGCACGACCAAGGUGUGAUACACCGAGACAUAAAAGCUGCGAAUCUUUUACUCGAUUCUGAAUAUGUUGUCAAAUUAGCGGAUUUUGGGGUUUCCACGCGAGUCAAUUAUCUGCCCAUGACGUACGCUGGAUCUCCGAAUUGGAUGGCUCCCGAGGUCAUGGCAGGCAACGGAGCGUCGACCGUGAGCGACAUCUGGUCGCUUGGAGCGACUUUGGUAGAGCUUCUCACCGGUAAUCCGCCCUUCCACAAUCUGAUUAACGAAGCGGCCUGCUACGCGAUCGUACACGACACUUACAUACCGCCCCAAUCGUUUUCGCAGCAGUGUCAGGCAUUUCUGCGAACAUGUUUUAACAAAAAUCUUUUCAAGAGGCCGCCGGCACGCGAGCUGCUAGAUCAUGAGUGGCUUACAGAGUCGCGGCAUGCUGCAUUAGACCGCUUUAGAGAAGAUGACAAAAUCGCUGAUAAUUGGGAUAGAGAUUUUAUUGAGGUUGAGGUCUCCCCGACAAAAAAGCCUGACGUCUGCGAUGCAUCGUAUCAUUUGGAGCUGCUAAGCAGGGCCCAGUCCGACUGUGUACCGCAUCUGGUGUUCGCUGAAUGCGAUCUUCACAGCGUCAUCAUGUGUCUCGUCGAGCUAUGCAGUCGUGGCCAAACAAAAAAUGUGCGAGAACUUCUUCGAUAUGACAUGGAUUACAACAAAGCAGAGGGGAAGGAUUUGUUCAUCGCGUUAGGUGGGUUACCACAUCUCACUACGCACUCUGCGGUCACAGAGCCCAUCCUUGCCGACAUAUUUUUAGACGAUGCCAAAGAACUCAUCAAAUGCAACGUCUUGUCGAUUUGCAAACUACUUACCGAUCCUCGCCUGAUUCUUCACAUUGCUUCAUCUUACUCAGAGCUGAUUAGACAUAAUUAUUGGUGUCAAUGGUGUGCAGGUCUUCCAAAUUUGAUGACCGCCAUAGUGAGGGGAUUAAGGUCCCGGGAUCGCAUUGCCGAAGAUCUCCUUUUGAGGUUAUCUAGCUCUCCAGAAUAUCCAAUCGACAAGAAACUAAUCGAAGAACUGAUGAAGCUUCCGUUGGAUAACUCCAGGCUGAAAUAUAUCAUUUUCAAGAGCUUUAACAACAUUUUGCUUAGAAGAGAAGAAGACCGCAUAGAUUCAGCCGGCUCCUUCGAAUCAAGGCCUCCGCUGAUGAGUUUCAAGUCGUCUAGACCGCGCAGUGCAUCCUCUUUAAUUCUUCCACCUUUCUCAGCUCGAUCUCCAAUUUCUGAGGGCUUCUUGGAAUGGCUUUUUAACUUUAUUCCAGGUGAAGAUGACGAUUUGCAUUUGAUAAAAAAUUUCAUUGAGCUCUGCUUCAACGUUGCGCAUUUAAACACCCAAGCUAUCAGCGAGGUUGCCUCUCAUCGCUCUUUUUUGAAAUUGAUUAAACAGGUUCUGUCGGGGUUUCAUACCGAUUACCACAACAGAAAAUACAUCAAGUCAAUUUUACUCACCGCUGUUGAUCUUUGCGUAGAACUUUCUCAAGAGCUUGAUGAAGUAAGUUUGGCAGAUACGGUGCAGAUAGGACUUCAGUUUUCUGGGACAGCAGAGUUCGCCACGGGCGGAACCGAUAUACUAUUACAUUGCCUACAGUUUGCCAUGAGAGCAAGGUUUCCUGUUAUCGAGAAUGAUACUUCCAUGAUUAUCAGACCUCCACGCUCAAAAGAGAUACCAAUACCGAGAGCCAUUUUCUUGAAAUCUUUCUAUUCCGAAGAGGCCAAGUUUGGGAAUUAUAUCACCAAAAUCACGAAACUUUGCUCUUUGCCGCCAUGCAAGAGUUUGGCCUUGGAGAUAGUCUCUAACGCAGCCUUUAUGGAUAAGAUAAGGUCACUAUUUGAAGUUUACGGAAGCAGUUUAAUAAUACAAAUUGAUCUUCUCAAAUUUCUCAAGGUAAUUUUGACGCGGUAUACAAGCUCGAUUUCCAACAAAAAUCAAAGUACCCUGUCCACUGAAGAGAUUAUCAGAGGGGCUUUGAACCAGCCCCAUUCAGAACCAAAUAUAGACGUGAUUUCUCAAGUUGCUGCGUUUCUCCAAGAGAAUUGGACACCUGUUGAAGGCGACGUUCAUAAAGUGGGAGCCGAUUCCGUACUAAUCAAACAGCUUUGCGAAGACAUCAAGGCUUUAAAGGCGGUUAACAUCGGAACUAGCCGCCCUCCUGAUAAGGACGAAUUCACCAUUCCCAGAUUUAAUCCGAUAUAA